AUGGAAGGUCAGAUUUGGUUUUUGCCUCGUUCCCUUCAGCUCAGUAGUUUCCAAGCUUACAAGCUAAGGGUCACACAUCUGUACCAGCUGAAGCAGCACAGUAUCUUGGUUUCUGUUGGUGAAGAUGAGGAGGGUAUUAACCCCUUGGUUAAAGUCUGGAACCUGGAGAAACGAGAUGGUGGCAAUCCUCUCUGCACCCGAAUUUUUCCAGCGAUACCGGGUAACAAGCCCACAGUUGUAUCCUGCCUAACUGUCCACGAGAAUCUUAAUUUCAUGGCUAUUGGUUUUGCAGAUGGGAGUGUUGUACUUACAAAAGGAGACAUCACUCGAGACCGACAUAGUAAGACCCAGAUCCUCCAUGAAGGUGCUUUUCCGGUUACUGGCCUUGCUUUCCGACAGUCUGGCAAAACAACGCAUCUGUUUGUGGUGACCACAGAGAACAUCCAGUCUUAUAUGCUUUCAGUGAAAGACUAUCCUCACCUGGAGCUGGACACUCACGGUUGCGGAUUGCGCUGUUCAUCACUCAGCGACCCCUCCCAGGAUCUGCAGUUCAUUGUGGCAGGAAAUGAGUGUGUGUACCUUUAUCAGCCAGAUGAACGUGGCCCCUGCUUUGCCUUUGAGGGACAAAAGCUGAUUGUUCACUGGUAUAGGGGAUACCUCGUCAUUGUCUCCAAGGACCGAAAGACAUCUCCAAAGUCAGAGUUUGCUGGAAGUGAGGCGCAGAAUUCGGACAAACAAGUCCUGAACAUCUAUGACUUGUGCAACAAAUUCAUUGCUUACAGCUCGAUCUUUGAUGAUAUAGUGGAUGUCUUAGCAGAGUGGGGUUCUCUGUACGUGCUGACCAGAGAUGGGAAGAUUCAUGUACUGCAGGAGAAGGAUACUCAAACCAAACUUGAGAUGCUGUUUAGAAAGAACUUAUUUGAAAUGGCCAUUAACCUGGCAAAAAGCCAUCACUUGGACAGUGAUGGGUUGUCAGAGAUUUUCCGUCAGUAUGGCGAUCAUCUGUACAACAAGGGGAACCAUGAUGGAGCCAUCCAGCAGUAUAUCCGGUAA